UUAUAUGUGUAUUUGUAUGUGUGCUACUUUGUGUUUGUAUGUGUGUAACAGUGUUAUAUGUAUUGUGUUUGUUACUUUGUGUAUAUAUCUGUGUUACUUGUGGUUUUGGACAUCAGUCUCACUGGAGUUCUGCAAACAACCGCCACAAACAUUGUUGCAUUUAUUCAACAUUUGCAUUUUGUAAAUAUCAGUUUAUAGAACAGGGCUUUUUACACCCCAAAAUAUUGCUUCUCUUGUGACCAAAACACUGCCCCCCACCACACACCAAUAUUGAAUGGCUGAGAGAAUACUAGAGAUUUGCCAGCAGUAUAUAUGAGGGUAUAUUAAUAUUUGUGUAUCAUUAUUUGUGUUCUCUGUAUGUGUAAUAAUCAAUAAGAUCUGAAUACACCUGCUAUAUUGUGUGCAGACUGACCACUGAAAUAAAUUGACUUUACAGAGGAUAAAGAAGCGGUUGCAUCAGACAAUAUAGACCUUGUAGAAAUGGAGAACUGACAUGAAGAUGUCAUCCAAUCCUCAGCAGGCUUCUGUAACUGAUGACAACGGUGCAGAAAGAGACAACGUGCAGAGCUCUCCACCCUCCGUUGGGAAAUUGCCAAAACUUAAGGAAAAUAAAUCUUUAUCAGACACUGAUGUUGGAGUUGUUUGCCCUGAUUGUGGGAAGGACUUUAAAAGCCAAUCAUUGCUGACCGUACAUCAGAGAAUGCACACUGGGAAAAAGCCGUUUUCUUGCACUGACUGCGGUAACAACUUUGGUCAUCGGUCAACACUGAUACGGCACAGAGCAUUUCACUGCAGUGCCAGGAAGCAGCUUACUCGCUCCAACCCUGAUGUUGUCACUUCUGCUCCAGCCCGGUACUAUAAAUGUGGUGUCUGCUGGGAAAGUUUCCCAAGCCCUAAUGAGCUGAAGAAGCACCUCGCUAGUCACACAAGGGAGCAGAGAUACACGUGCAGGGACUGCGGCCGCACUUUCAGCUGUAAUUUCUACCUUGUGCGCCACCAGAGGUCACACACCGGGGAGCGUCCCUUCGUGUGUCCCCAGUGCAACAAGAGCUUUUCAUGCAGCUCCGUCCUUUACCGGCACCAGAGAACUCACAGCGGGGAGCAGCCAUUUAAAUGUGAGGUUUGCACUAAGGGCUUCUCUCAGAAGACCAGUCUGAUCAUCCAUCUGAGGACUCACACGGGAGAACGUCCGUUCUCCUGCCAGCUCUGUGACCGCAGCUUCUGCUCCAGCUCAGCUUUAGUCCGACAUGAGAGAAGUCACAGGAGGAAAGGCAACUGGGCAGGGGAGGGUCAGCUGAAUGGAGACACAGAUGAGAGAUCGCUAAAACUGGUAGAAUACCCUGGGGACGAGCAUUCAUUCCAUUCAGAUGAUGAUUGGGAGGGGCAGGAAAUUCUGCAAGAGGCUGGGAACAACAUCCCUGAAGACCGGUUAUAUGACGAAGCUGACCUGUCUGUGCCUUGUGUUGCGGAAGCAGAUCACAAUACACCACAGGAGAUUGGUGCAGAAGGAGCAGCCGUGGCUGAACACCAUCUGUGUGCUGAAGGAGACCCCUGGGACUCAGAAACAAGAGACCUUCUGGAGGAUGUAGGUUACCCUGAGGAUUUCAGUCAUGUGACAGAAGACUGGAAUGCAGUGGCUGAGGCUCAGCAUCAGGGUGGCACCUUUAUGGGCACUCUGAAUAGUGAGCACAAUAGUGGAUUAAUAUGUCCAGAAUGUGGCAAAACGUUCACUUCCCAGUCUCAGCUUAGUAUUCACCACACUAUUCACACAGGGGAGAAGCCGUUUUGUUCUCAUUGUGGUAAAACGUUUGGUCACCGGUCUUCACUCCUGAGACACCAAAACUUACACUGCAGCACUCGGACUAGAAAAUGUUUUACUACCGGUAGCACGUUCACACACAUCCCACACAAACACGAAUGUGGCAUCUGUCGUGUGAGCUUUGGCAGCCCUAAUGAUUUGAGGCAGCAUCUGGCAAACCAUAAAAGAGAUCAGCGAUAUGUAUGCUCUGACUGUGGUCGUUCAUUUAGCUGUAACUACUUCCUUGUCCGUCACCGCCGGACCCACACCGGGGAGCGUCCCUUCGUGUGUCCCCAUUGCAACAAGAGCUUUAAGUGCAGAUCCGUCCUUUACCGACACCAGAGGACUCACAGCGGGGAGCAGCCGUUUAAAUGUGAGGUUUGCACUAAGGGCUUCUCUCAGAAGACCAGUCUGAUCAUCCAUCUGAGGACUCACACAGGAGAGCGUCCCUUCUCCUGCCAGCUCUGUGACCGCAGUUUCUGCUCCAGCUCUUCUCUGAUCCGACAUGAGCAAAAUCAUAGACUGGGCAGGGUCAGUUCAGCUCGGAAAACUCCCCAGAACAAAAGUACCAUGAGAAAAGCCUGGGCCGAUAGGCUUAGAAGAACCACACAUCAGACAGAAGCUGACAUGUUCUCUGUAAAACAUGUGAUUGUAUCUGAAGACGGACAAGCAGGACUGAGCACAAUCCCCUCUGAUGCCCCCAGAAGAAUAAACGAGGACCAGCCUGGCGUCUAG